AUGUUUCGGUCGGGUGACGAGGAGGCCACACUCGAUGAUGGGUUGAAGAUAGACCGGCUUAAGGUGGGGAUUGGAACUCGAGAGUACUUCUUUCCGUCUACGGUGGAUGAUUUCGUAUUUCAUGUGGCUGCAGACCCAGGAAGUUGUGCCGCAAUUAAUGGGGAUGUCGUCGGAAGAUAUUACGGCGGAAAAAGCGUCUCUGAUGAGCGCCUCCAGGGAGUUAGAAAUUGGUUAGAUAGAUGUUUGAAGCAUCCUGGAUGCUGCAAAAUUCUGUCGGGAACAGAGGACAUCGACGCCCGUGAUGCUCCACUGCCAACUCGCUGCAUCGAAAUUAAAGGAGGCAAGAUCGUGCUCCAAGAGACUAGUGAUCUGAGAGGCACAUACGUCACGCUUAGCCAUCGCUGGAAUUCAAGCACCGAGCUAUGCAUCACUACGAUGUCUAAUCUUGCUGAUCGGCAAAAAGAGGUGGAUGUUUCUUGUCUUUCGAAAAUCUUUCAAGAUGCUAUUUCAGUCACCCGAGGACUUGGCGUCCGUUAUCUAUGGAUUGACUCUCUAUGCAUCAUCCAGAAAGGAGAUAACUACGAUGACUGGAACAGAGAAUCUUUUAAAAUGGCUCAAUACUAUCAAAGAUCUAUCUUGACAUUGGCAGCUACUUCCGGCUCAGUCGAAGAAGGACUAUGUCCGACUAAAAGCUACGAUAUCCGACGAAUUGUGCGCCUCCCUUAUCGAGACAAGUCUGGAGUGCAACGUGGCUACUUUUAUCUCUAUCCUGAGCGGAAUCUCAGCAAAGUAUACAGAGAAACAAUUCGGAGCAGUGAGCUACUUCAACGCGGAUGGGUAUUUCAAGAAUGGCUCCUUAGCAGAAGGAUAGUUUGUUUCACUCCCUUCGGAACACUGAUUGAAUGCCAAUCUCGAGACCCAAGAAAUAUUUGUGGCGAAUCAUUGAAAAUCGAAAUCGCGAGAGAUGAUCCUCUCCCCCUGAUUCUCAAACGUCUCUUCGAUUUCGAUAGCUCAAACAUUUCCGAUCUCUGGUACACCGUUGUCGAAGUCUAUUCUGCGCUAAGUCUCACGAAUCCAGCCCAGGAUAGGAUCAAAGCACUUUCUGGUAUUGCGUUGGAAUAUGGUCGAGCUAUGAAAAAGAGUCAUGCAACUUCGAGGAAAUUACCCUCUUCUUCCAACUUAGCUGCCACUGGUGAGUAUGCAUGUGGUCUAUGGCCCGACGACUUACACGUUGGCCUUUUGUGGCAGCAUAAGAAUCCAUGCAGCAUCAACCAACGGAUCGAAGGAGCGCCAACAUGGUCUUGGGCCUCAAUAACUGGGCGAGUUUCCUGGAAUCGCCUUACUGAGGGAAGAAGCAAUACAACGCCGGCAUGCACAUUCAUCAAACUGAUUACUCCAAAUAGCGUGGAGCUUUCUUUGUCUGGAACUCGAGGAGAUGCAUCUGAGAUGUAUUCUGAUGAGCCCGAUGCUCCAUUGCUGUCCGCAACUUCCUCGACUAAUGAAUGCCUUACUGGCACCAUCUUCAGCGUGAACAACAUGAUAAAUGCGCACUUGGUAUUACGAGGCCACUUGCAACGUAUUCUCAUCGAAGGAAAUUUUCACAACUUAGACGACUUACGGGAUCUACCCGAGAAGUACGAUCCCUUAGGUGGCGUAGACGAUUUCCGGAAAUACUACAGCAGGAAAACAAAAACAUCUUCACCGCCUCAGAUUCCAACAAUCCGUUUCGUCUGUCUCCCCUCCCUACAGCCCGAUAACAAUGACAUCGAGCGCCUCACACCAUCGUCAAAAAGUCUAAAAGAAAUAAGUGGCUGGGCUUCCUUCGAACAUCCUGAUUUCCAAACCCUAUACUGGUUACACGAAAAUGAAUGUCAGAUUUUGGCUCUCCAUGCCUCGACCAUGGGGUGGAACCAAGGCGGCUUUCAGUUUGGGUAUGUGGUUCCUUGGCAUGCCGCUUUUAAUGUGCUGUUUUUGCAGUGUGUUAAGUGGAGGAGGUUUCAGAGGGUAGGGGUUGGGGUUUUGUUUGGAAAAGAGGCAGAGAGGAGGUUUCGUGAAGGGGAAGAGCGGGAGAUUGUGAUUGUGUGA